AUGCCCCUUCCACUGCCCGCCUCACCUUGCCACACCAGCCCCCCCCGUACCGAACCCCACCCCCCGCCCUACACCAACCACGCCGGCCCACCCCCCAACGACCCUCCUCCCUACACUCCACAUACUCCCCCCCCGCACCCCGAAUCCCACCCGCCCCCACCCGUCCACCUUCCCCCCCCUCACGUCAGUCCUCCCGCCCAUUCCACCCACCCAACGCGACACCACAAAUGCCUCCCUACUACCCGCCCCAGUCCCUUCAACCUCCCACCCCCAAUACCAAACAUCCGCAUCGACACGCUGAUAACACACCCACCACCCCUCUGCACCACCGUGCCCCUCGAAUACACCCCCCCCCCCAGCCCCCCGACCCCCCCCCUACCUCCCCUACAAUCCCCACACCCUCCCCCCCCCACCGCCCCAACUCUCACUCCGCCCCUCCCCCCCCCACUCAAACACCCAACCCCCACCCGCCCACCCCACCCCACCCCGCCCCCCCAGUCCCAACAGCACCACCCAUCAAUCCACGCCUCCACCUCCCACCACCCUCCCUUGACGCCUCCCGUACCUCCCCCCUUCCCCGCACCGGCCACCCCACCCCCCUCACCAAACACACUUCCACUCCGCCCUCCCCCAUCCGCCCCACCACCCACCACACCCGCCUACCCCCCACCCCCCCCCCCCAUCCCCCCAAACAAGUGCCCCCCCCCCUCCACCCCCUCACCUUACCACCACUUGUACACUCCUCCCCCCAUCCUAGUGAAGUCUCACUCCACCCUCAGACACACUUCUAGCGUGCCCCCCCCGUCUCAACCCCCCGACCACAACAUAUACCUCGACCCUACCCGCACAACACCCCACCACCCGCCCCCGCACCUUCCCACCCCCCCACGCCCCCUCCUACUCCAUCCCCCCCCCACCCCCCCACCCCACAAGCCCUCUCCCCCACGUCACCUCCUCCCACUCCCCCCACUCGAGACCCCUUGCCCCCACACAGCCCAGCCCCCCUUCCAUACAUCCCACACCCCCCCCACCCCACAAUCUUAA